AUGUCGAAUCGUGAUGUCUUGGCAGAGAAAUCCGUUGGCGAGCAGAUAGUAGACGCGCCAGCCAGUGAGACUGAUCAGGGUAUCGUCAAAGACUGGGAUGGUGAAGAGGCAGCAGUGCGGCGGAAGAUUGAUUGCAUUCUUCUGCCCAUCCUUGCCCUCGCUUUCUUUUCCCUACAGAUGGAUCGGGGGAACAUCAGCGCCGUAUUGACCUCGACCAUCACCAAGGACUUGCACAUCACUACCAAUCAAAUCAACAUUGGCACUCAACUCCUGUCGGCUGGCAUUGUUCUCUCGGAGAUUCCCUCGAACAUCAUUUUGCUGGGAUUCUGUGAGGGCGGGUUUAUUCCAGGUGCUCUAUACUAUCUGUCGACCUGGUAUAAGAAAGAUGAGACCAGUGUUCGUACCAGUCUUUCCUUCUACGGGCAGAUGUUUGCCUCGGCCACCUCGAGCCUCAUCUCGGCCGGUUUGCUCAAACUCGCCGGCACCAGUGGACUCGAGGGUUGGCGAUGGAUUUUCUUGGUCGAGGGUUUGAUUACUCUUUUCAUCGGCACUGUUUUCACACUUCUCGUACCCCCCGAGGCCGGUGAUGGCCGUGCCCUGAUUGGCAUGGGUCGUUGGAGCUAUUUCACCGAGCGAGAGUCGCGCAUCAUCCGGGCCCGAGUGAUCUUAGACGAUCCCACCAAAUCCCAGGGACACAUUCAGAUUUCGUGGUCGAAUAUCAGGGAGCCGUCAAACAGCCGUGCAUUGUACACCCCGAGCAUGAUCAAAUCACUGGGAUUUAGCGCGGUACACGCCAAUGCUUUGACAUCAGUCCCAGUGUAUUGUAGUAUCGUGUGGCUGACGAUUCUAUCUUUUGCUGCGGACUACACUGGUCAUCGGGGGCCCUUUGUGUUGUUGGCUAUUACAUGGAAUGUCAUUACCUAUGCUUGUCUUCGAGCAAGCCCAUAUGCGGCCUCGAAGUGGCAUCGGUACGGAGUCACCGCGGUGGCCAAUGUCUCUUAUUGCAGUAUGCACAUCCUCAACGUGGGCUGGCUUUCAAUCUACUGUCGGACUCCUCAAGAACGGAGCGUGGCUAUGGCACUGGCUGUCAUGGCAGCAAAUCGUGCUGGAAUCUCCGGCUCCCAGAUUUUUCGGACGUCAGACGCACCCAAAUACUUGCACGGCCUCACUGCUGUCUCUGCUCUUGCCGGAGCCUCAUGGGUGCUGGCAUUGGGGCUUUUUCUACAAUAUUAUAUUAGCCCCCGCAAAUCCGAGACCCUCGGCAAAGACACAAACCGGGUUGACGAGUAG